AUGGUAAGGGCCUGUGCGGUUGUGCCGUGUGCAUUCGGGAAACUGAAAGAAUCCGAUUUUUAUGAAGCUCUACCUCAGAUUUCAACAGAAAAACUCGAUGAGCAUGCUGAAAGUAAAAUUGCUAUUUCCUAUAAAGCAGGUUCAGUUAUAGUGAACCAAAGACAAAGAGGAAAUCCUCUAUUGAAAUCUAUAAGAAAUGUUCCAUGGGAAUAUGGGGAUAUUGUUCCAGAUUAUGUUAUGGGGCAUACUUGCUGUGCAUUGUUCUUAAGUCUGCGAUAUCACAAUUUGAACCCUCAAUACAUUCAUGAUCGUCUAAAGGACCUUGGAAAACAGUAUGAGCUACGAAUACUGCUAGUUCAAGUGGACAUCAAGGACCCCUAUACACCUAUAAAAGAACUGACAAAGAUGUGUUUGUUAGCUGAUUUAACACUUCUUCUCUCAUGGAAUGCUCAAGAAGCUGGGAAAAUUAUUGAAACCUACAAAGUGUUUGAGCACAAACCUCCUGAUUUGAUUAUGGGAAAACAAGAGAACAAUAGCACACUAUCUGGGAUUGCAGAUGCAUUAUCUUCCAUCAAGUCAGUUAAUCGCACGAAUGCAAUGACGUUGUUAUCCAAUUUUCAAACACUUGACAAAAUUUACGAGGCAACUGAAGAAGAUCUAAGUUUGAAUCCCGGAUUUGGACCCCAGAAAGCGAAACGCUUGUUUCGUGUACUCCACGACAAAUUUGUUAAGUGAUUAUCAAGCUUUUCUUCAUGCUGUAAGCGCUGUAAGUUAAUGAUCGACCUUCUUUAAUCCACAAUUACGUUGAAAUU